AUGAAAGAAGGCACCCCGGCCCCGGUCCCGGUCCAAGGCCCGGUCUCGGCCGUCCCGCCGUUGGAUGCCGCCGCCGGACUCAAGACGUCACACUCACAUCUUGCCGGCCUCGCUACACAAACACAAAAGACUCGCGCUGCACUCCUUGGUGGUGGUGAUGUUGAUACGACACCAACAGCUUCGAUUUCAAAAGCCGCCGCCGAAGGAAUUACAACUACAAGCACAAAAUGGAACACCAAGAACCUCGGCCUACGACUUGGUGCUGACCUCGUCAGUGCCGCUUCGGCAGCUGUGCUUGUUGCGCCUGUUAUUUCCAUCAUUGACCGCUCAAUAAUGGAAAACGCCUCCGGCGCCGCCCCCCUCCUCACCUCCCUCCGCCGCUCCCUGCGCUCCCUCCUCCUGUCCCCACGCUCCACCAUCCUCUCCAAGCCCUUCGGCCUCAUCUUCCUCCUAUACGGCGGCACCUACCUCACAGCCAACACUCUCGACACCACCGUCACCACUGUCAAAAAUAACCCCAACCCAGCGCACGUCACGUCAGGCAGUUCCAAAUUCUUCGCCUCCAGCGCGGCCAACAUCGGUCUCUGCAUCUACAAAGACCAAGUCUUUGUCCGCCUCUUCGGCCCCCCCGGCGCCGUCCCGCGGCCGGUGGGACUGCCGAGUUACUUGUUGUUUGCGGCGAGGGAUUGCAUGACGAUUUUUGCGUCGUUCAACGUCCCGCCCCUGCUAGGGCCGGUGCUUACCGAACGGUUGAGCAAGGAUACGCAAAAGUAUGUGACGGGGCAGACGAUGGCGCAGUUUGCGGCGCCGGCGGUGGUGCAGCUUUUUAGCACGCCUGUGCAUCUGUUGGGGUUGGACAUGUAUAAUCGGCCUUCUGCCGGCGGGGGCGGGGGACAAGGGUCGUCGCCGAGCUGGGGAGAGAGGUUCGCGUUGGUGAGGAAGAAUUGGGCGGUUAGUGUGGCGGCGAGGAUAUGUAGGAUUGUGCCGGCUUUUGGGGUGGGUGGGGUGGUUAAUAUGAAGGUUAGGAAGGGGCUGAUGGAGCGGUUGAGUUAG